AUCACGGGAAGCACCCAAACAAACCAACCAACUAACCAACCAACCAACCAAAAAUCAGUUGAAUCAUCAUGUCCUUCGUGGCCUGCACCGCUGUGCUCCUAGCAGUCAGCUCUCUGGCCAUGGCCAGUCCUUUGGGCAGCAGCUACCUGCCGCCUCAGGCCAAUGCCCACAGCACCUACAACUCGGCUGCAUCGAGCUCCUCCGCCGGUGGCCACUAUGCAGCACCCUCGGCCAGCUAUGCAAUCCGAUCGCACGCGUCUCCAGCGGCACCGUCACGACAUUAUUUGGCCCCGGCCUCCUAUAGCAGUAGCAGCCGCAGCUACUCUGCACCGGCCGUGUCCCACAGCAGCAGCUACUCAGCGCCUGCCGCCUCCCACAGAAGCUACUCCGCACCUGUGCCCGCUCCAUCCAGGCAGUACCUCGCUCCAGCCGUCUCCCACAGCAGCUACUCCGCUCCGGCUGUGUCACACCAGAGCUACUCCGCUCCAGCUGUGUCCCACAGCAGCUACUCAGCGCCUGCCGCCUCUCAUACCAGCUUCUCCGCACCAGUGGCUGCUCCAUCGAGGCAGUACUUGGCUCCAGCUGCCACCCACAGUAGCUACAGCAGUGCUGGCUCCUCAUACUCCGCUCCGUCCGUGUCCCAUCAGAGCUACUCCGCACCGUCUGUGUCCCACAGAAGCUAUUCCGUGCCUGCCGCCUCACACGGAUCGAGUCAGAGCUACGCCGCACCAGCCGUGUCUCGUGUCAGCUACUCGGCACCGGCACGCUAUGCAACUGGCUCGGGUCAUGGAACUGGUGGUUACUCAUCGUCCUACUCGUCGGGCGGCAGCAGCAGCAGCAGCAGCAGCAGCUACGGACAUGGCCACGCCGGCGCAGCGACUCGUUAUGCCUCCAACGGUGGCUAUGAAUAUCGUCUGAAGCAUUAAACGGAUCUCAAAAUGCGCUGGAGAAUACUGAAGAAGCAAAGUAUCCAAUUAGA